CCGAGCAGGUUAAAGGACACCGUGCGAUCACCGGCCGGGUUGUUAACGGGCUUCGAACACUGCCCGGCCGAUGUUCGGCCGGUGUACCUCGGACUUGGGGGGCCGAUGGUCAGCUAUUCCAUACCUGUAUAUAUAUGUCCACCCUACCUGGAAUGGUCAGUUCAUCACUAUGGCUGCACCGAGAAGAUUACGAAUGGCGUUGUUAGAACACGAGCUAGCUCAGGCGAGGUUACAGUACAACUUGGUCCUGGCAGCACUGCUCGAAGAAGCCGAGAGGGAGCGACAGAGGGCCGGCAGAAGAAUAAGACGUUGGUGGGUGCGCGAGUGGAUCCUACGCAGACCUCGUUUUGGCCAGUAUGAGACGCUCAUGAGGGAACUCGAGGCCGAGCACGCUGCCGACUUCAAAUCCUACCUCCGCAUGGAGCCACAGAUGUUCUAUGAGUUGCUUGACCGAGUUGGCCCCCGCAUUGCCAAGACCACAACGCAUCGAACCCCCUUGGAUCCUGGGCUGAAGCUGGCGAUCACCUUGAGGUUCUUGGCGACCGGAAGCAGCUAUCAUGAUCUGGCGUUCGCGUUUCGUGUCCCACACAACACCAUCUCUCUGUUCGUCCCCGAGGUCUGUAAGGCCAUCUACGACGAAUACGAGGACGAGAUGUGGGCCACUCCCCAGACAGAAGAUGAGUGGCGCCCGGUAGCCGAGGGAUUCGGAGACAGAUGGAACUUUCCCCACUGUUGUGGCGCGAUCGAUGGGAAACAUGUCGCCAUCAAGAAGCCCCCCAAGAGCGGCUCACUUUACUACAACUACAAAGGCUUCUUUUCCAUCGUCAUGCUUGCAGUGGUAAACUCUGACUACAAGUUCAUCUGGGCGGAUGUGGGGUCACCAGGGUCGUAUUCCGACGCCGGCAUCUUUAACCGGUCGCGACUGGAGCCAGGUCUGCGUGAGGGAACGAUCGGACUACCCCAGCCGGAUCCCCUACCAAAUGACGACCAGGACACACCCUACUACAUGGUCGGAGACGAUGCCUUCCCCCUACGGCCAUACAUGAUGAAGCCUUACCCUCAUCGGCACCUGAAACAGGACGAGCGGAUCUACAACUACCGGUGUUCCAGGGCACGCCGUGUGGUUGAAAACGCGUUUGGUAUAUUCGCCAAUCGCUUCAGAUGUCUGCUAACAACCCUGGGAUUGAGACCGUCGAAAGUUACCAAGAUCGUCAAGGCCUGCAUGACCCUUCACAACCUCAUGAGGACUCGUUACCCCAACCUUCAGAAUGCUGACCUCGACCGGGAAGAUGAGCAGGGUCAGAUCAUCGCGGGUGCAUGGCGAGACCAAGCCGUGCUCGAAGAUGUGCAAGCAGCAGGGCACGGGCCAAGAUUGACCCGACCAGGCAAAGAACUGCGCGCAUACCUCAAGAAUUACUUUUGCAGUCCUGCCGGGAGUGUGCCAUGGCAAGAUGUGGCAAUAAACCAGCAGUAACUUGUGUCUAAUAUUGUUACAGUAUACCGGAUGCAGCCACAGACAUUCCAUUAUUCUUCUCA